AUGACAGUUAUUCUUGAAAUUUACGAAGGAAUUAGAAAGGAGAUCACGUCCAAAGACUUUCUGUUAGGAAUAAAAAUGAAUUCGGUCGAAUUCCAAGAGCGUGGCUUAGGUGUGUGGAAGACGCCAAGAUUAUGGGUACAUGGAGGAAUGUGGGUUCGAUUUUUGUGCGAGGUUUGUCUGGUGGAACGGUAA